CUAUACUUUAGUACGUCCCACCGUGGCCAUCUUUGUUUAUAUUCGAGCUUGAAAUUAGAAGUAUUACAUAAUUUCUUCUUUCUUUGUCAGAGUUAAGAACGAAUAGCCAGAGAGAUGAGUUAUCAAAUGUAUCGCAAGACAACUUUGGGAAAUACUCUUCAAGAAAGUUUAGACGACUUGAUUACGAUGAAUCAGAUAACUCCGAACUUAGCUUUGAAAGUUUUACAACAAUUUGAUAGAGCAAUUAACAGUGCCUUAUCCCAAAGAGUAAGAAAUCGUACAAAUUUCAAAGGGCACCUAAAUACGUACCGUUUUUGUGACAAUGUAUGGACUUUUGUUCUGGACGAUGUGGAAUUUAAAGAUGCAAUGAUUGAAAAUGGAAACAUUGAACGUUUAAAAAUUGUAGCCUGCGAUGCUAAAUCAUCUCAAGGUGGGAAAUAUUUAUUUUAA